AUGCGCACACUAUUUUCCACAUUCAUGUCCCACUUCAUUCGCCAAACCUCGUUUGACGUGGACUACGCCCCCGCUAAGAUAUCCAAAUGGAAGUCUUCCCGGACUGGUCUACUGCUCACCUAUAUCGACCAGCCGUCCCCGGUGGUCAACGGCUACUUUGCUGUUGCUACUGAGAUUGAAAACGACUCUGGCUGUCCUCAUACCCUCGAGCAUUUGGUGUUCAUGGGGUCGAAAAAGUUCCCUUAUAAAGGUCUUCUUGACAGUUUGGGAAAUCGCUUCUUUUCCAGCACAAAUGCUUGGACUGCUGUGGACCAAACCGUUUACACAUUGACCACCGCAGGCUGGGAAGGCUUCAAGACGCUUUUGCCCAUCUACUUGGAUCAUUUGCUCAACCCUACUUUGACAGACGAGGCGUGCCUCACGGAGGUCUAUCAUAUAGAUGGUCAUGGUAAGGAAAAGGGUGUUGUUUUCAGCGAAAUGCAGGGUAUCGAGAGCCAGUCUUGGUUUAUUUCGUACAUGAACUUGCAAAAGACCUUGUAUGACGAGUCCUCGGGCUACUCUUCAGAAACUGGAGGUCUCAUGGCCGAGUUGCGUCAUUUGACCAAUGAUCAGAUCAGACUGUUUCACAAGGCCAUGUACAACCCCAACAACCUCUGUGUUGUGAUCACAGGCUCAGUUGAAGAGUCAGAGUUAUUGGAUAUCAUGGCCAAAUUUGACUCCGAAUUAGAAUCAUUGCCCGCAAUUCCCCAAAAAAGACCUUUUGUGGAUUCUGCCCCUGUGGAGCCACUCAAAAAGGCUAUCAAAAAGAGGGUAGAAUUUCCAGACAAAGACGAAUCCAUGGGAGAGAUCGUCAUUGGGUGGGUUGGUCCUGAAAGCGGUGCUACUUUAGAGAACAUGGCGGUGGACAUGGUGGGUAGCUAUCUCACGGACUCACCUAUUUCCUUGUUGAACAAGCAUCUUGUUGAGAUCGAGGAUCCGUUAGCUACUGAAAUAGACUACGGUACCGACGACUACUCCCGCACGGGAUUGAACUUGACAUUAGGAGGUGUUCCCACGGACAAGUUGGAUCUCGUGGAUGCCAAAAUCAAGGAAUUACUCAAGGAACAGACGGAAGAAAAGAACUUUGACUUGGCCUACAUGAAACAGGUAGUUAACCAGCAAAAGCUUAAGUUUGUUGCCAGUACUGAAAGGUCUGCUAACACUUUUUCCAACAUUGCCAUUCUGGAGUUCAUUUAUGGUAAACCAGACGGCUCUGAUUUGGCUAGAUGGGUCAAGGACCUUCGAGAAUUCGAUCAGUUGGCUACCUGGUCAGCUUCCCAAUGGUGUAAGAUUAUCAGAGAAUAUUUUGUGGAAAAUCACAGCGCUUCUAUCAUCGGAGUUCCUUCUGCUGCACUCAAUAACUCUGUCAAGGCCAGAAAUAAGGAGAGAGCUAGAGCCAUCAAGGAAAAAUAUGGAGAUGAGGGUCUUGCUAGAUUGGGCGAAGCUUUGGAUGCUGCCCAAAGGAAGAACGAUAUGCCUAUACCUGAUGAAGUUCUUGUUCAAUUUGGCAAGCCCGAUCCUUCGAAGAUUGAAUUUAUUGACACAAACUCCUACCGUGCCGGCUCUAACGAUCUGAAAUUGGAUAUAUACCGUUCCGAGGGACCAUUCGUGAAGACCUUAGCCAAGGAUACUCCUGAAAAGUUUCCGUUGUACUUGCACUUUGAGGACUUCAAAUCACAGUUUGCUACUAUCCACUUGGUGAUGUCAUCCACUACUGUCCCGGCACCUUUAUUGAAGUACUUCUCUGUCAUUGAAGAGAUCUUCACAUUAUCUAUCAAGCUUCCAAAUGGCCAGUACAAGCCAUACGAGGAAGUAAUUGCUGAAAUCAAUGACGACCUUAUUGAAUUCCAAUUUGACAAUGGUUUCGACAGUAAUUUCGUGGAACUCAUGAGUGUCAAAGUCAAGUUUGAGGUAAAGAAGUACAACAGAGCCAUCGAGUGGUUGAUCAAUGUAUUGAAAUACUCCGUGUUCGAGGAGUCCAGAUUGAGGGUGAUUGUCGAGAAAAUCAUUAACUCCUUGCCCGACAAGAAGAGAAACGACGAGUUGAUGAUGUACUCCUCUGAAUAUCGUACGGUUUACACAGACGAGUCGAUCAGAAAAGCCCAGGACUCUAUCAAUACGGAGGACUUCUACAGAGAGAUGCUCCAGAAGCUCGAUGAUGGAAAAUUUGAAGAAAUUGAAGCAGACCUCAACACCAUCAGAAAGUGUCUCUUCAAUCUUCCCAACAUGAAGGCUAUUAUUAUCGGAGGGUGCACUGGACUUGACAAACCCGUUUCUAUGUGGGAAUCAUUUGUUGAGCAGUUCAAGGAUGAAUCCACCAACGAGCCAACGUUUGACCUCGCAAACUUCCCUAGAUCUUUCCAGUUCAGAACCGAAGUUGGCCAGAAAUGUUCUCGAAAUGCCUUCCUCGUAUCUUCAUCCGCAGGAGAAACGACACAUCUCCUCUCGUUGACACCAAUUCCUUCCGAAUAUCUCAAUGAAGAUAUCUUCAAGAUCGCGCUUGCCAGUGAAUUCUUGGGAGGUGUUGAAGGACCUUUCUGGAGAGGAAUCCGUGGAACGGGCCUUGCUUACGGAGCCAGUUUCCGUCGUAUAAUCGAGUCCGGAUACUUGAGUUUUUCAAUUUACAGAGGUUCUGAUGCUCAAGAGGCAUGGACAACAGGAAAGAAGAUUAUUGCAGACUAUGUUUCUGGAGAACUCAUAAUUGAUGCGAUCAGCAUCGAAAACUCCAUUGCCGCCAUCGUCAACGAGCUUGCCAAUGGAGAGGCCAAUCCUUACGAUGCAUCGACUACCAAAAUCAUUGAUAAUAUUUUCAAAAAGAGAGGUUCUCACUACAUCAAGUACUUCUUGGAAAGACUCAAUACCUACACAAGUGAAGAUCUAGUGUACAUAAUGAAGAAGUACUUCCUUCCACUAUUUGAGGCAGACACCUCGCUCAUUUUCAGUUGUUUGCCUUCAACUGCAACUGGUGGAUUCGUUGAUUUCUUAAAGAGUGAAGGAUACGAGGUCAGUGUGGAAGAAAUUGCAACCACAGGUCACGAAGAGGACGGAUCUGACUGCGGAUCUGAUUGUGAGUCUGAUUGCAGCAGCUGCGACGAAAGCGAAGAAGAAGAUUAG